AUGACCCUUACCUUCAAUAAAGCACUUGAUCAAAUCCGCGGGCGGCCUUGGGUCGCUGCAGCCGUUGGCCUAUCUCCUCUGGCGGUGUAUAUAUACCGUUCAUAUUGCGAUUUCCAUCGCCUCGGGCCCAGCGGAGUCCCCCAGAGCUUCCUCGGCUACCUGUUCCAAGCAAGCGCAAGGCCCUGGGCAGACCUGAACAGCACCAACCCGGCGCCAUUCAGAGAUCCCAAGGCCCUCACGGACUACACGGCCCCCUACGACAGCUUCCGCUUCUUUGCUGAGGACUCCCUCCCGGCGCGCCGUGGUAACCGGCCCACGGUGCCCUCGUACACGGUCCCCCAGCGCCAGACGUCCGAGGUGGCCGACGUUGCCCUCAUCACGCGGAUGAAUGCCUGGCUGCUCGCCCUGCAGGACAAGAACCCGGGCCUCCUCGCCUACCGCAACUCGAACCUCGAGCACCACGACAGCCCCUCGCUGUGGCUCAAGGUCGGGUCGGUGCCCCUCCCGUCGUGGCUGGCCAAGAAGACGCGCGGGGAGAUUGUGCACGUCCACAACGAGGGCAGCUCCCACAUGGUGCUGAGCGUUGCCGAUGCGGACCUGGCCACGCGCAAGGGCUGGGCCCAGCGGCAUGCGCUCAGCGGGCGGUUGGGCAUUCUGCCCCUGACCUACGUCCUGAUCUACGCGCCGCGGGAUGAGGCCGAGUUUGAGCAGUGGAAGGCGUUUGUUAAGGCGACGGUUUCUUUCACGGCGGCGAGCUCCGGCAUUGAGGCUGAUUAUGAUAUUUGA